CCCAACCUCCUUGUCUAUGUAUGUGAACUUGAAUCAGGAUCCUCACGGUCGUCGCAGUCGUAUUUUCACCACUGAGUGCUCAUUAGAGUUGGUCGCCAGGAUCGGAGCCCUGGGUGCCGCAGUUUGGUGCAACGCUCCGGUAGGCAGGGGUGCUGAAGAAUACAACGAUCUGGCUGUUGUAGGUUUGGAGUGGCGACGAUUGGGAGACGUCAUCGAUUGAUUUGGCAGUGGGAGUUUGGAGCGGAGGAUGGAAUAUGAUUAUGGACGAAGCGGGCACGGGAGUGGUGGUUAUGAGAUGGGAAGGCCGAUGUAUCAUAGUAGACAAGGGAGUAACGUGCAAGGUAGCUAUCCCCGAGUAGGGCAAUCCGCAGGGGAUGCAUUGAUGAAUCGCGGUCCGCCCCAGGCACCUCUUUUAUCGGUUCCAUCUUUCCCUUCAGGAUCAGCUAUCAAAGUGACCAUCAAACCUAUGUAUCGAUUGGGUCCACCUGCUCAACUAAGAGUGCAGAGCAGGGAGGUGCCCCGGAGCUUAUUUCAGUUCGAGUUUGAUUUAGAGCGUCGCAUCCUUGCAGAGGCGGAGCAGGGAAAUCUCAAUUUUAGAGCUGGAAGUGGGGCCACUCUAAGUCAAUCUAACUCGGAAGCUGAUCUUGCUGAAGUGGAAGAUGCGACGGUAGCCAAAUAUCUUGCCAUGGGCCAUAAUAAAGAAGCUGUACAGUAUGCUCUUCAAACUUAUGGAGACGAUCAAAACAAGGUUCUUGAUUUCUGUCCUCCUUUCAAUAGAAUUCGAGAAAUGGGGUUUGCAGCCGAUCGUGUUGCAAAGGCCUUGGCCAGCUGUAAUAAUGAUGAGGAGCAAGCAAUAUCAUCUCUAGUUUCUUAAUCUGUGUAUGAGUUCAGGUGAGAUCUCUUGAAGAUCCUUGGAGCAUUCUGUCGCACUCGUAACAAGUUCUCGGAUUGUCUCGGAGGUGGGCUUUUCAACUUGCAGGCCUUAAGUCAAGGUCUUCUUAGAAGCGACUUUCCUGCACAUGUUAAUCCAAUGAUAAAACACUUCAAGAAACUCAUCUUUUCUUGAUGUGAGUAACUAUUAGUUUCAUUAGGAUUACCUUUGCAAUUAGCGCAGUUCGGACGAUCUCAGUUUUGGACACACAUAGGUCAUAUUUCCAGAGAGCUCAUUCGGUAGCAGCGUUACCCAUAAUGAAUCAGGUUGCAGAAAUUCGUGGAGCAUUAAGUGGUACUUUCAUGGGAAGUAUGUACAUUGGAGAUGGUUAUAUUCCUUAGGUAUUCAGCGUAAUAACAAGUCUUAGAGAUUACACAUCUUUGCCACAGGCUAAGCACUUAGUUCUCAAUCUUGUGAAAUAUAGUACAAGUAUCCACUAUUGACUGUCUCCCCUUGUCUUCACUGUUGACCUUAUACUCGACUCAUUUUUGAAUUAUGAGAUUGUAUUAUGACCUAUCAUCAUGGUAUCGAAAGCGUCCUAUCUU